AGUUUGACGCCGACGUUUACGUACGGGCGCGCCAUAUUUCCUCCCCGGCUUUUUCGCUGUUCAGCGAGAGCACCACGUUGCUCUGUAAUAGUUGAAUUUAUAGCCAAGAUCAUAACAGAUAAGGUCAUCUAGAGGAGCCUGGACGAUUGUUUACCAGGUCCCUAUUCGGGCUAAGGAGUCUGCUCUGCCCUGUCUUGAGAAGAGGCAGGCAGAAUGUCGGAAAAACCGACUCGAAUCGCUAUUGUCAACCAAGACAAGUGCAAACCAAAGAAAUGCCGGCAGGAGUGCAAGAAAAGCUGUCCAGUUGUCCGAAUGGGCAAACUAUGCAUAGAGGUGACCAGUCAGUCCAAAAUUGUCUGGAUUUCUGAAUCUCUCUGCAUUGGAUGUGGUAUUUGCAUCAAGAAAUGUCCUUUCGGGGCCUUGUCAAUUGUUAACCUGCCAAGCAACCUUGAGAAAGAGACCACUCACAGAUACUGUGCCAACUCAUUCAAGUUGCAUCGGUUGCCUAUCCCUAGACCAGGCGAAGUUUUGGGACUGGUGGGCACCAAUGGUAUCGGAAAGUCAACUGCACUUAAGAUCCUUGCUGGGAAACAGAAGCCUAACCUGGGAAGAUUUGAUGCCCCACCAGAUUGGCAAGAGAUCCUGACCUAUUUCAGGGGGUCUGAGCUUCAGAAUUACUUCACCAAGAUCCUGGAGGAUGACCUGAAGGCUAUUGUGAAACCCCAGUAUGUGGACCAGAUUCCUAAGACGGUCAAGGGGAGCGUUGGUUCUAUUCUGAGCAGAAAGGAUGACACUAAAACAGAACAUACGGUCUGUGAUAUGCUCGAUCUGACCCAUCUGAGGGGGAGGAAUGUGGAGGAUCUGUCUGGAGGAGAGCUCCAGCGUUUUGCCUGUGCUGUGGUGUGCAUCCAGAGAGCAGACAUUUUUAUGUUUGACGAGCCCUCCAGUUACCUGGAUGUGAAGCAGCGUUUAAAAGCUGCCAUCACCAUUCGUUCCCUCAUCACUCCAGACAGGUACAUCAUUGUAGUGGAACAUGAUCUGAGUGUGCUGGACUACCUGUCAGACUUCAUCUGCUGCCUGUAUGGCGUGCCCAGUUGCUAUGGGGUUGUCACCAUGCCUUUCAGUGUCAGGGAAGGAAUCAAUAUCUUCCUGGAUGGGUAUGUUCCCACUGAGAAUCUUCGCUUCCGUGAGACAUCACUGGUGUUCAAAGUUGCGGAAACGGCCAAUGAGGAGGAGAUAAAGAAGAUGUGCCGCUACCAGUACCCUAAAAUGAGAAAGGCCAUGGGCGACUUUGAACUGGCCAUCGUGGCGGGGGAGUUCACUGACUCUGAGAUUAUGGUCAUGCUGGGAGAGAACGGAACUGGCAAGACUACAUUCAUCAGAAUGCUGGCUGGCCGACUAAAACCAGAUGAAGGAGGUGAUGUACCCCUCUUGAACGUCAGCUACAAACCCCAGAAGAUCAGCCCAAAAUUCAAAGGAAGUGUGCGUGCACUGAUGCAUGAUAAGAUCAGGGACGCUUACAUGCAUCCACAAUUUGUCACUGAUGUCAUGAAGCCCAUGCAGAUUGAGAGUAUCAUCGACCAGGAUGUCCAGAACCUGUCAGGAGGAGAGCUGCAGAGAGUAGCCCUGGCUCUGUGUCUGGGCAAACCUGCUGACGUCUAUCUGAUCGACGAGCCGUCUGCCUACCUGGACUCUGAGCAGCGUCUAAUGGCUGCUAGGGUCGUCAAAAGAUUCAUUCUCCAUGCCAAGAAAACCGCGUUUGUUGUGGAGCACGACUUCAUCAUGGCCACCUAUCUUGCCGACCGAGUAAUUGUGUUUGAUGGAAUCCCAUCAAGAAGCACAGUUGCAAACACGCCGCAGACUCUGCUCGCUGGAAUGAACAAGUUCCUCUCCUUGCUGGAGAUUACCUUCAGGAGAGACCCCAACAACUUUCGACCAAGGAUCAACAAACAAAAUUCCAUUAAGGAUGUGGAGCAGAAAAAGUCUGGGAACUACUUCUUCCUGGAUGACUAGCCGCACCACCUCUGAUCGCUUUGACCUGCCGUGCUAUCCAUCCCACUACAGCCGUCUAGCAUACCAUAUACAGCUUGGAGAAGAGAGGGAGCCUUAGCCUGCUGCCCGACAGAGGGCCUGAGUAGGGGGGCAAGGGCCAGGGACCUGCUGCUGCUUCUGCUUCUGCUUCCAGCCAUCACUUGUUCGUGCUCAGCUGGGCCUCUGCCAUCCCUUCAGGAGCACCAGCAACAACAAAUGUGUCAUUUUAUCUUUCUGAUUUAUCAUAUUCAUUCUUUUUUUUUUUUUUUUAAAGAAAGAAUAUUCCUCUUCUCAAUAAAUGCUAGCCCCCCCUACCUCCUCUGCAUGGCUGUCCUGAGUGUAUGUGAAUACGUAGAAGUUUGUCCACCAGAGAGCUGUUUGUAAAACGGACCACUCCGCUCCUGGCUGCUGCUGUAAGAUCAGGUCAUGACUCCUCUAUUCCCACCUUUGAAACUGACCCUAGACCAGUGGUCAGGGGCAUGAUGUGUCAACUUCUAACCUCCACUGGUGACCAAGUAAUGAUAUAACUGAUUACUCACCAUCCAUGCUCAGACAUCCCGCCUCUUUACAUUGAUUGCAACCUUUCCAAAUUCCAUGAUACAAAAAUGGUCCUGAAUUAUCACAGAUUAAUAUUAUGAAUUAUAAUUUUUAUUACAGUUAAUUCUAAGUCACAUUUCCUUUUUGUUGUCACACAAAUUUGAGAUGUGCUGGAAUUGGGAAAGGUUCCAUUUUUUCAGUCACCAUUAGCUUAGUGUGUAUGAGUGUGUAUGUGAGUAUAUAAACUUUGGUGGUAAUUGUUGAAGGCCAUCUCAUUUCUUGAAGCCUGAAGUGGAUAUUGUACCCAAAUGAAUGAAAUAAAAUCCAUUUACGUAGAUUCUUCUGAAAACUAA